UUGCACAGGUGGUUCAGGGAAAGUUUGCCCAAGAGCUGUAAGUUUUCCUUUCCCAUUAUUAUUAUCGCGAGAGCCCGAGGCUGUGGGUUAGCUUUUGAUUGAAAACGCUCUCGCUGAUCUGAGAACUAGACCAAUGAUUCUGUUGCUUACUCUUUUUUCACUGAGGGAGACUGUGUGAGGCUGAACAUGGCGUUGGAGUACAUGCAGUCAUUGUAUCUCAUUAUUUUAACGGUUUUACAUUUUACUAAUUCACUGGAGCCUGCGGACUCAGAGCCCGUGCCAAUUCCUACAGACAAAUUGCUUGUACUUACUGUUGCAACUCAACAAACAGAUGGUUUUCUUCGUUUCAUGCAAACAGCAAAGUACUUCAACUACACUGUCAAGGUACUUGGAAUGGGGAAGGAAUGGAAAGGUGGUGACGUAGGCAAGUCAAUAGGUGGAGGACAAAAAGUACGACUACUAAAGGAGGCAAUGCAAAAUUAUGCGGAUCAUGAAGACCUUGUUGUGAUGUCUGUUGACAGUUAUGACCUCAUCUUUGCUGGUGGCCCUGAAGAGCUGUUGAAGAAGUUCCAGCAAGCGAAUCACAAAGUGGUAUUUGCUGCUGAGGGGCUGGUUUGGCCAGAUAAGAGGCUGGCUGACAAGUAUCCAUCCAUCCGGAGUGGGAAAAGAUUUCUCAACUCUGGAGGAAUUAUUGGCUAUGCUCCACAUAUUAACAAGAUAGUGCAACAGUGGGAACUUCAUGAUAAUGAUGAUGAUCAACUUUUUUACACAAAAGUUUACCUGGAUCCAUUACAGAGGGAACGCCUGAACAUAACUUUGGAUCACAAGUCCCAGAUUUUUCAGAACCUCAAUGGAGCAGUAGAUGAGGUCUUACUAAAAUUCGGAACGGAGAGCGCGAGAGCAAGAAACGUUGUAUACGACUCGUUGCCAGUAGUCAUUCAUGGAAAUGGGAAUACCAAAAUUUACCUGAACUAUCUCGCUAAUUACAUACCUAAUAGUUGGAAUUAUGAACAAGGAUGUGGUGUUUGUGAUAAUGACCUCUUUGAUUUUACGGAGGUUAAGGAAUAUCCAAGUGUGACAAUUGGUGUGUUCAUUGAACAGCCAACUCCCUUUGUGCCUGAAUUUUUUGAAAAAUUACUGACCCUGGAUUACCCAAAGGAUAAACUUCAUAUCUUUAUUCAUAACAAUGAAGUUUACCAUGAAAAGCACAUGCAGAAGCUGUGGUUGCAAAAUAAGAAUGUGUUUAAGAGCUUUAAAGUUGUGGGCCCUGAGGAGAACCUGAGCCAAGGGGAAGCCAGGAAUAUGGGAAUGGAACUCUGUCGCAAGCGUGAAAGCUGUGACUACUAUUUUAGUAUUGACGCUGAUGUUAUGCUGACUAACACCCAGACCUUGAGGCUGUUAAUUGAACAAAACAGAAAAAUAAUUGGUCCUUUGGUAAGCCGUCAUGGAAAACUGUGGUCAAACUUCUGGGGUGCCUUAAGUCUGGAUGGUUACUAUGCUCGCUCUGAAGACUAUAUUGACAUUGUUCAAAGCAAACGAGUUGGUGUAUGGAAUAUUCCAUACAUGGCUCAUAUCUACCUCAUUAAGGGCGAGACUCUCAGAAAUGAAUUGAAAGAGAGAGACCAGUUUGUUUUAGAGAAACUGGAUCCUGACAUGGCGCUAUGCAAAAAUGCUGGGCAGCUGACAAUACAAAGGGAAAAAGACUCCCCUUCUCCGGAAUCAUUCCAUAUGCUCAGACCCCCAAAGGGAGUUUUCAUGUACAUUACAAAUCGUCAUGAAUUUGGAAGGCUAAUUUCAACUGCAAAUUACAAUACAUCUCACUUCAACAAUGACUUGUGGCAGAUUUUUGAAAAUCCAGUGGAUUGGAAGGAAAAAUACAUCCACCAAAACUAUUCAAAAAUAUUUACCCAUAAUCUGGCAGAGCAGCCCUGUCCAGAUGUAUUCUGGUUCCCAAUAUUUUCUGAGAAAGCAUGUGAUGAAUUGAUAGGAGAAAUGGAACACUAUGGAAGCUGGUCAGGUGGAAAGUAUACGGAUAAGCGCAUUUCUGGUGGUUAUGAAAAUGUUCCAACAGAUGAUAUUCACAUGACUCAAGUUGAUUAUGAAAAGGAAUGGCUGCAUUUCAUCAGAGAGUAUAUUUCUCCAGUAACGCUCAAAGUUUUUUCUGGCUAUUACACAAAGGGCUAUGCAUUGCUGAAUUUUGUUGUGAAGUACACUCCUGAAGGACAGGCAUCAUUGAGACCACAUCAUGAUUCCUCAACAUUUACGAUCAACAUCGCUCUUAAUAGUAAAGGAACAGAUUUUGAGGGUGGUGGCUGUAAGUUUCAUAGAUACAACUGCUCUCUUGAAUCUCCAAGAAAAGGAUGGAGUUUCAUGCACCCAGGAAGACUGACUCACUUGCACGAAGGACUGCCAACUACAAAUGGAACACGAUACAUUGCUAUUUCUUUUAUUGACCCAUAAACUACGAUGAAAUGCCUUUUUCAAAUCUCUUUUUUUUUUUUUUUUUUUUGUAAGUGAUAAAAUAGUCCAAACCAAAGUAGACCCUGACAUAUGUGUGAAUGCAUUCUGACAUGAAACAGUGAAACUGUACAUGCUGUUGUCAUUUUAUUUUUAAAUUUUUUUUGUCAACUAUUUUGUCAUCAGAAAAGUCUUACUACUGAUUUAUUUCUUGUGACACUGUCAGUGUUAUCAGAUAAUUUUGCACACCAGGAAAAACAACUAAUAGAAAACCUGUUGCUAUAAUAUUCAGGAAUUGUAUACAAAUCUAUUACAACUUUUACUUGAAAUUGGGGGGAAAAAAGUUUUAAAAAGAUUGUUAAUGUCCAACUUGACAAUUGUUAUUGAACCGAUUUAUAAUUUUAGGGAGAAUCAAAUAAUCUGUUAUUGUCUACUUUAAGAGAUUUAUAACAAGCUGUAUACCAUGAACACAUUCACCCAAUUAACAUAUUAUGUCAUAUUGAUGUAAAAAAAUUAAGUAAAAUCCACAGCUUCAGUAAGAUGUUUUUGUAUGUCCUUACUUGUAUAAACUUUCUAGCAAGAAAAAGAAAGAUAUGUGUAGACAGAUUGUCUGUCUGUUUUUCAAGCAGAACCAGAAAAAAAAAAAAAAUUAUUUUGAUGCAUUUCUAUUUGACUGAGAUAUAUAUUACAGUUAUUUGGACUUCAAUAAAGCAAACGUGAUCUGGAAGACAAGAGUGGGAAAUCCCGUUCCUCAGCUGUUUUCCCUUACAAGUACAUUUCUUUGAUCAAUCCAAAAAUGUCCUUGCAUGAGCAAAUAGCAAAGUUUCUAUGGAUCACAAGUUAAACUCUGUAAAAACUGACUUUGUGAAAGCGGUUACUGUAAAUCCUGGAAAGUGUUCAUUGUUCAAUGACUUUACUCAGUGGUUCCCAUGUGAUAAGCCAAUCAAAAAUAACACUAGAAAACACUAGAGACCUGAAUUGUAUUUUUGUUUAUUGCUUUUAUCCCAGGCAGUCAGACAAUGACCCUCAGCCAUCAUUCAAUCAAUUAGCCAAUCUGCCUAAAUCCUCCCUAACACUUUACCUACACGCUGCAUACUGUAAAUAAUGCACAAUCAACAUGCACUGAUGUUAAUCACAAAUUGUGCUUGCAUUCCUUUUGUUCCCUUGUGUUUCAAUUAACCAGAAGGAUGGCUUGUUUAUGAGAUAGAAGCUUGGCCCUGGGGCAAAUUUAGGUGCUAAGAAAACACUUGCCAUUGUCCUGUCUCAUUCAUUAUUGUUGGUGAUUAUCGAUGAGUAGAACUGUUUCAAUUGAUGGUGACUGCAGUUACUGAUUUGUUAGACUUCACAGUAAGUGUUGGAAAUCCAAAUGUAAAUUACUUUAAAUAGUAUGUUCAAAUCAAUACCAAGAAGUAUAAUGUGUGUGUGUAUUCAUUGUUUCAAGACAGAAAAUUCCCUCACAUGUUGGUGAUUGAGUGAGAAUGCAUUCUGUAACCAUAUGAAAUUAAAAAGUUAAAAUACUUACAGAGGAUAUGUUUGGCAUUAUGGCUAUAUCUGCACAGCUUUUUUUUUACAUUUUGCAGCCGUUAAAUAAUUUAGACAGACCCUUUCAAAGCAUUGUUGAAUAUAAUAUUAAUAUUGUACUUGCCUAAGACAUAUAUAAAGACACAUAUUGAUUGCUCCAAGGGGAAGGUCAGGAUGAGGUUGAACAGUGAAGUUAUCAAUAUUACAGCAUGAUCUGUGGCACUGGAUUUUGAUUGGCAGCAGUUAAGAGAAACAGGAAACCUAGCCCAACAAAACCAUUUGUGAACUGUUUAAAAUAAAAAAAACAACUAUGUCGCUUAGAUUUGUUUAGACAACUGUAAGCCAUGCCAAAUGUUGGUUUACAAUUGUUGUGAGGUGUGUCAGAUAGCCAUUAGAGUUAUUUUUUUUUAACCUUUUCAUUGAACUGUUAAGUAUCUUUUUAAUGCACAAAAUAUGUAACAAGAAUCGUGUGAGGAGCAGAGCUGCUUGUGAAUCCCAGGUCGAGAAGGAAAGAUGCUGAAACGUGCAAUGAAGACAACAAGCUCUUUAGGCCACAAGUAGGUGGAGUCACAAGAACCUGCAAUAACAGAGUGCCCUGCUUCUCUAACAAGAUCAAAGGAAAGAAGACUUCGAAGCUUGGCAGCAGUUUAACCUGGCAGUAACAGAGAGGCCUCUGCACCCUUCUCUAUAGACAUCCAUUUAAAAUUCCUCACGGUCAUUUCCCAGCCAAAAUAGCACUUAUUAUUUGUCAGUUAUGAUUAUACAAACUACACUCCCUAUAUGUUGCUAGUGCUUUUUAUAGCCUUAGCAUCAGAAAGAUUAACUGAAAAUAUGUUCAGAGUCUUUUGGAGGAAGCACUAUGU